UAUCUAACAAAAGCGAUGGGAAUUCAAGGGUUGUUGCCGUUCGUUCAAAAGGCGACGAGGCCGGCAAACGUGAAAGAAUUUAGUGGGAAAACUGCAGCCGUGGAUACUUACUGCUGGCUUCACAAAGGCGCGUUUUCGUGUGCCGAACGACUUGUGAAGGGUGAAAAGACCGAUGCGUAUGUGAGCUACUGCAUGAAGAUGGCAGACCUGCUCAUCGAGUCCGGCGUGCGGCCGAUCUUGGUUUUCGACGGACGGCAUUUGCCAUCGAAGAAAGGGACGGAGAAAAAGCGCAGGGAACAGCGGGAAAUCAACAGACAGAAAGCAAAACAGUUUCUCAUCGAAGGAAAGAUCCAGCAAGCACGGGAAUGCUACCAGAGAGCUGUUGACGUUACGUCUGCCAUGGCUCAUGAAGUCAUCGUGGAGUGCAGGAGGAGGGGCAUUGAUUAUAUCGUAGCACCAUACGAAGCAGAUGCACAACUCGCUUACCUGGCACAAUGCAAGCUGGCUGAUGUCGUCAUCACCGAAGAUUCCGACCUCAUCCUCUUUGGAUGUGAAAAGGUUCUGUUCAAGAUGGAUCGAGCAGGAUUUGGCCAAUUGUACGAGAAGUCGAGACUAGGUGAAUGUUUUGGACAGCUGGCGGACCGCUUUACCCACGACAAGUUCCGGCAGAUGUGCAUCCUUUCUGGUUGCGACUAUCUCCCUUCCCUGCCAGGCAUCGGCUUAGGAAAAGCCAGCAAGUUUUUCAAGCUCAUCACUAAUCCCAAUAUCCGAGCUACGUUGCCCAAGUUGCCAUCAUACCUUAAAAUGCCGGCCCUUUGCGUCAAUGAGCAGUAUGUCGAAGACUUCCUCAAAGCUGAGAACACGUUCCGCCAUCAACUUGUGUUCUGUCCCAUCCGGAAUGAACUGGUGCCGCUGAAUCCCUACGACCCCAGUGUUGACCCCACAGACAUGACCUACGCCGGACAACAGCUUCCAAGGGAGCAGGCUUUUGACAUAGCAGUAGGGAAUAUCGAUGUCAACACUGGGCAGAAGAUUGACAGCUAUUACCCAAAGGAUGGGAAGAUACUGCAAGAGAGAAGUAGUCAGGAUCAGAAGGUUAAGCCAAAGAAUGAUGUAGAAGUGAAGGACAACACUCCGAGAAGACUUGGUGCAUUUGAAAUUGCGGAGCGGAGGUUAGCGCGGCCUACAACUCCAAGAACACCAGUGAGGCAGCCACAGCGGCCCUCAAAGCCUCUCAGUUCGGUGGAAAACAUUGAUGCAGAAUACGACAAGCAAGAAAGCCCUUGGCAACAUCGAGAGGUCAACUCGCUGGGAAGCGGUGCACCACCCGAUGGCAGCAGCGCAAUGGAAACCUCUCCCGACAGUCAGAAUGAAUCGGGAAAUGUUUUCAAAGUAACACCUAAGCAAGUGGUUCGCAGCAGGUUUUUCUCAUCACCAGCAACUCCUCGUUCACCAAACAAAAAGCUUACAGAAUGGCAAAUUCAGCUUUCUAAACCCAUUCCUGAUGGCAGUCAAGUUGUGUCUAGCAAACCCCCACAUAGCAGUGCAUCACAGGGCAAAUUUCAGUGGGGGUCAAGUCUCGUGCCACAGGGUGCUCCAUCCACACCAGUUUCCAAGCAGGCGUCAACACCGUUCAAGCGGCUGCGACUGAGCAUGUCUGCGUUGGAAGGCAGUAGAAAAGCUUCGUGUGUCCUUGGCCCAGCAGUGAAAGAACAUCGCAAAAGUGUUGGAGAGUUGGAAGCAGAUAACAGUGCCAGUCAGUGUAGAAGCUUUAGGCAGCCAGAGGCCUCAAGUUUGCCAGAACAUAGCUUCAGUGAGUCACCAACAUCUAACGGUAGCUCACCUACAAAAAACACGCAUAGCCCACAAGCUCUACAGCGCCACAAGUCACUCUUUGAGGUUCUAGAAGAAAAACACCUGUCUGCACAGACACCAAGUGCUACUUCGCCUCCUGCAAAGUUUAAAAACCCCUUCGCAAAAGCACCGUCAUUUCCUCCUACGAGUGAUCUCAUAGUUAUGGAAUCUGAUGAAGAAGACCCUAUGCCCCCGGGUUGUCGGAAGAUACCAACGCAAAAAGAUUUUUCUUUGGCAAAAAUGCAAAAGGCCACUUUUGUAAUGGCAGAUGAGCUGGAAGAAAGUGAAGAGUCUCCAAUCCCCAAGUUUAAAGCCAGCUGUGAUUCCUCCGAAGAACAAGGAAACUCGUCGCAAGAUUUGGAUUACCCAAAUUCGCUGGAAGAUGAGUCGCCAUGGCCUUCAAGACUUGCAAUCAAACAGGACCCCGGUGCAGCUGAAGUGAAUGAAGACAGCGACGGUGAUGACCUAAUGGUUACAGGAGCCAUCAUUGUAAAGAAACCCCUUGAGACACCAGAGCAUCUCAUCGUCAAGCCACGAAUUCCAUCUAAACCCAUAAAGAAAGCACCAUCAAAGCAACGGCGCCUAGGUCUUUCAAAGUCUGGUAUGAAGAAGGAUAUCAGACAACCAAGUUUGCUAGAAAGUCUUGCCAAGUUCCAAUUCAAGAAAUCUUGUCUGUAAAUAAAGUGCAAUCUUAGUAAUGUA